UGUAAGAACCGCAACGGCAGUCUCAAGUGAAUAAGCGACAACACAGCACCAUCGCUCUCGCGUUAAAUUGAGAGGACAUCCAUGGUAAAAUGGUGGAUGCUUCAGAUGGAGUUGUCACGAAGUUCAAGCCAUUUGUUCCAAGUGAAAAAAUCGUAGAGUACAGGUCCAACAAUAUAGGCUUCUGGGAUGGAAAUGGAAAAGAAGAAAUCAAGAAAUUGAGUGUUUUGGUGGUCCACUACGGAUUUGCAGGCGUUGAGAAACUUGAUCGCCAGAAGGAUAAUCAAGAGGAUGUCAAUAGUUUAAAGGACACUUUAAGUAAACACUGUCGAGAAGGUAACUACAGAGAAACUUCUGGUCGGAGGGAUGAGGUCCUCGGCAUCCUAGAAAAUAUUGCACAGGACAAAGAAACACCAGAUUUGUUAGUGGUCUGUAUUAUGACACACGGAAAAUGUAACGGACGCCUGCUAACACAUCAUCCACAUCAUGAUGCAGACAUCCAACAAGGAAACACUAGUGUCAAGAAACAAAGGUUUGAGGAAAUCAGACUUUCCGAAAUAUAUGACAAGCUUAAGGCAGAGAAUCUUGAAAAUACUGUUAAGCUGGUUUUGGUCCAGGCGUGUCGCGGUCUUAUUGCUGAAGAAAACUGCUUUGAAAAUAAGCCAAACGUACAAUUUGUAAACGAAAAAAUCAAAUUUAGCAAAACACUUGGAAGAAAGGACAGCGAAUUAAACAAUACAAACGCAACAAGGGUGACAACUGAGCUGAACUGUAAAAAUUUCGUUGUCAUGCUAUCAUGCGUUGAAGGAACCGUGUCUUUUCGAAAAGAUGGAGAGCCAGAAUCGGGGAGCUGGCUUAUUCAAACUUUUUGUAGCUGCCUCAAUACAUUAGGAAGAAAUAUGGAAUUGGAAGAAUUUUUGGCGUGGAUUAGUUUUACAAUGAAAACAGAAUUGAUAGAAAAGGAAAAUUACGGAUCCUCCCCAGAAAUCAAAUUGUUUCCGCACAGGAAACUGACAUUUUCCAGGAGCGAUUGCGCCAAUCUAAGUUGCCCACCAGAAUCUUUUUUCUAUGACUGGAGGUCAAAAUCUGACAAGAAGAUAACUACAAGGAAAGCUCAUUUUUUUGCUGCUGAUGGAAAGGAGGAUUGUGUCGCACUGUUGAUGAAAGCUAUGAAGGAGAGAUUCGAUUUUCUGUGUAUGUUUCAUGAGACGGUCGCAGACUUGGAAUCAGCAGUAAAAAAUGGGGAUGAACUGGAUGGAUGUAUUCUUAUCUGCGUUGUGGGCAAUUUGACCACAGAAACAAUUGAAGGGAAAAAUGAAAUUUGCAUGACGAUGAAGGGAAGUUCGAUGCCCCUAAAGCAUAUUAUCUCCAAAACAAUUUUUCCAAAAACGGAAGACUGGAUUGGCAAGCCAAAGCUCGCUGUUUUCCUUAACAAUGAGAAUUCGAAGGGAGUCACCAAAGCUUCUCCGAAAUACCCUCCAUGCGAAACGCCUUUCACUUCUAACGAAGGUUCAAGAAGUGGUACCAUUCACGAAGGUCUACUGUCACUGAUACUCCCACAAAGAGAUUCAGUUCAGCUCUUUUUAAAUACGUUGACCAAAUUCGCAGCCUCAAACAAUACCAGCUCAACAGUUCAAGAGCUGUUUGUUGCAAUGCUGCAAUAUGCAAAGCCUUAUGAUCAUAUUAGCCCAGUCAUCAUAAGCACACUUAGGGAAAGGCUAAAAAUUAAUUUCCCUUCCACUAUUCCCUAUAACUUUUUCAAAAAGACCUAUGCGGGGACAAAGGAUAAAAUUGUGAUUCAAGAAGAGCUCGUUGAGUGGUUCAGCUCAAUUUUUUGCUGUCUGAAAAGCGCGAAAAAGCAAUCCACCUAUGACUGUCCAAGUGAGCCAAACGAGAAACGUCCGAAAAUUGAGACAAUUUCAAGGGACCCAAAGAUGGCCACUGUUUGGCUUGUGUCAUCUCCUGCAAGCACAGGAAAAUCUUACUUGGCUAAUUAUUUGGCUAGUACUCGGGUACAGAGUAAUGGUGGUGUAAUUAAAAUUGACCUACGUGGAGCUUAUCAAUUUUUGGAUAAAUUUGAUUGGCAACAUCAAAAUUACGAAACGCUGAUAAACGAAUAUCUGAAGCAUGCAGGACAAAAUAAAUCUCUCGGCGAUAACGAUAUAGUAAUUCUAGACUCUUUUGAAGCGGUAAAAGAAAAUCUGCACGAGCAUUUUUUCAAAAUGAUCCAAGAUAUGGCAGAAAAUGAGGUUUUCCUAUUGAUUACUGCCAGGUCCGAGCUGCAGGAGAAGUUUCAAAACGCAAUCACUGCUCUGACCGUAAUUCAAAUAGGAGAUCUUACUGAGUCAGAGCAAUUUGAGUUUCUUUCGCAACAGCUGAAGCCGAGUGAAAGCGAAAGUGAUAUUCGUUUUGCCUUAACGGAAAUUCGGAAGGCCUACGGCGAAGAAUUUACCAGAAAAGUAGGAACUCUCGAAAAACUUGCGAAGUUUCCUGAAUUUGCGAGAGUAAAACCCAUUAACAUUGACGCAAUCAGCAAAUAUCUUGUUGAGACAACUGUUGAAUCUGGCUUGGUUAACAACGGAGUGAUCAGAGGUUUCAAUUUUUUUGACAAAUGUUUUAAUACGAUAAUGUCCGACCUAAAAAAAUGUGCCAAUGCUUACAUCACGGGUAGCAACGUGACUGAUAUUCAAUCUGAUAUUGCAGAACUGAAUAGACUCGAUAUUAUGGUUAUUAACAAGGAAAACCUCGUUCAGCCUGUUAAUAAGCAAAUUGCAUUGUACCUUGCGAAGCAGCCUAGCAAAUAAUUAGGAUAUUAUGCGAGACACUCGUAAUCAAAUUGCAGUUUGGUUUGUGCUUUUAGUUUUUUUUUUAGUUAUAAAAUCGAAUAAGGUAAUAGCGUAUCCACCAGAGUAAAUAAUGAUUGUUAUUUACACACAUAAUUGCUCAACGGGCUGGGAGGUGCACCGGCGCCGACUCGCUAUAUACUUGCUGGUUUGCACCUUUCCAGCAUGCGUGAGUUGGCUUCACGGGACGAAUGUCUAGCGUUUCAAUGCAGUCCUCGAUGCGGAGGCAAGUGGCCCUUCAUUGGGCUGGGUCCCUGAAAUGUGCGGCCUGGUGCGCCCAUGCUAUCCGUUCGCGGUGUUAUUGGAACCCGGGUUUCAGCAUUCGUGCUAGUGCAGUGCGCACCCUUCCCGAUCCUCGGACAGGGAUAAAAAGAGCAAAAAAAAUAAUGUUGUAAUAAACAGGGCUGUGAUUUUAAAACGAACGGCCACAUUUAAAAAAAAUAAAUCACGCAAUUACUCCACUGUUGACUUGUAGACCAAGCCUAAAAUAGUCUUGAGCUGUUUCAUUAUAAAGUGCUCAAAAUUGUUUAAAUCGCUUGUAAACCCUAUGUAUCCCCUGAAACAAGCUCGGAUUAUUGUAUUAACAUUUGGAGCAUUAAUAAUGAUUAAUCUUCAAAAUACUGUUAUUAAUUUCAACUUUUUCUGAUAGCUUUUGAUAAACUUUUAAGUUACUUAGAGCUAUUUGGUUAAAUUAUAAAUAGUAUAUUUUAUAUAUACAUGAGUGUUUUUAUCGUUUAAAAGCAAUUUGUUGCUAAUUUUAUCGGCUUUGAACCCGUACUAUGAAUUUUACGUAUGUAUGUAUGUUGUUAGGGAUGUUUCAAAAAGUACCCUGAAAUUUUGAGCCAAAAGGUAUUUUUCGGGGAACCGGGAUUUUGAAAAUCGCGAGUCUCCAAUAGAAAUUUUCAAAUGUGCUAUAUAACCUUUCAAGGUUUAUUCUUUUAAUGUCAAAUAAAAAAUAUUUUUAACUUAGA